AUGUCUAUCGAUCAAGAUCUAGAUAGUAUAAUUGGCGAAAAUAAAACUUCCAAAAGAAUAACAAAAUACCGCCGCCGUGACCUUAGGAAUGGAUUAGCCUCUCGUAUUGGGGGUGGCAUUGGUCAUGAAAGAGAAUUUUCGAGACGCGACUUGGAACCAGGAUCAUAUUCUAAAUCGGACAGCCUCUACAACGAUGUGGGUACCCAGCCUCGAGCGGCUCCCAAGAAAAGGCUACGUAUAACGCAAAUCCCCCUACAGGUUUCUGACUUUGUGAUUGAAGAUUUAGUAAAGAAGAUAGCCAACCCAGUGUAUGCAAAUUUUUACGACCAUCCAGGUAGCCGCACGGGUGUCUUCGAGUUUGAGAAACCAAGCCAAAUGGAAGACGUGGCAAAGGCAUUUACCGAUAGAGAAGUUGACGGCUCUAAACUUUCAGCGGAGAUAUACGAGCUGAAGAGCCGCCAAAAUCGCCGCGGUCAAAGUAUGAGAGGACAAUCCGGUUCGAGACGUAGAGAACGUGGUGGUCGCAAGGAUAAAGAAGAGCGCCGUCAAAACGAGCGCCCCACGGCAGACCAAUUGGAUCAAGAGCUAGCAGACUACAUGAGAGACUGA